AUGGUGAUAGAUGCAAAUGAAGCUCUUCUUGCUAAGUCCUACAAUGAAGCAUAUGAAAUUCUUGAAAGGAUCUCCAACAACAAUUAUCAGUGGUCAAAUACUAAAGCACCUAUCGAGAGAAGAAUACUUAGAGUUCAUGAAGUAGACGCACUUACAUCUUUGGGAAACCAAGUGAUACAAGUCACAAAAGCCCAAAUUCUUGAAGGUUUUUGGAAAAUGUCUAAAGGUGAUAUUGACCAUAAUGAUGUCUAUGACAUGUUUCAAAAACUCCAACAACAAUUAGAUGAACAUGAUGCCACACUUCGAACAUUGAGUACCACUUUCAAUGAGGUGAGAUUGAAUCAAGAUCCUCAUUAUCGGGAUCCAAUCAACGAAGAUAGGGAUAACCAGCCCCAUAGGCGCGGCCCUCGACGUGUCCCUAGAAUGGAUGAUGAUUUUCAUGAUCGUGGGCAACCUUCUUUGGCAAAACCAAAGAGCGAGCAGCAACGAGAACAUCUCUUUCAUACUCGCUGCCAUGUACAAGGUAAGCUUUGUAGAGUUAUUAUUGAUGGUGAAAGUUGCUCGAACAUAGCCAGCACGACGAUGGUGGAAAAGCUUUGCUUAACCGCUACCAAGCAUCCACAACCUUAUCAACUACAAGGGCUUAGCAACGAAGGCCAAUUUAAGGUCACUCAACAAGUGCGCAUUGCCUUUUCUAUCGGUAAGUAUCAAGACGAAGUUGUGUGCGAUGUAGUGCCUAUGCAAGCCUGCCAUUUGUUGCUAGGAGAACCAUGGCAACUGGAUCGAAAGGUCACUCACGAUGGUCGUACAAAUAGGUUCCCGAAAGACCGAAAGAUAACUUUCAACUUCAAUACCUCUCAAAUGAAAGACGCUUUCAAACGAUCAACAUAGGCAAAGAUAAAAUCACACUACAUGAGCCCGAAGAGCUUCGACUACACUAUGCCCCCGAUGAGCGAAGGUUUGUAUUAAAUGGAAAAGGUAAAUCGACCCUUAUUAUUCUGCUCAUAAGGUGGACUCAAUUGCCAUUAGUCCCGU